AUGGGUCCCAUGAAAAACCACUUUUGGAAGGAAACAAAAGAGAACUUUCAGAGAUUAGCACAUCGGUUGGAUCUCAGGAGGGUCUACUCAUCGAAAAAGCACCCCACAAAGAAAGAAUGUUUUGGUGAUACGGCACUCAAUGAUGUCCCUUCCAGUUCGGAGGAGUCGAAGACUCUAGAACUGCAGAGCGCAUCCCAUGUCCUACGUGGCGUAGAACAGACUAAUCUCUACGACCCAAGCCUCCACUUUGGGAUCAAGAGGUACUCGAGUCCAAUCGUCAGAGAAUCAAUUGAUCAGUCUCUACCGGGGAUAGAAUAUCAGACAUCGAAUCAGGGAAGAAUGGUAAAUUACAAUAGGCAAAACUACCACGCAUUAAAACUUUUAGAGUGCUACGCUAUCACCUUCGACGUGUACGGAGAGUCGCCGACAAUUAUAGCCAAACCGAUGAUUGAAUGGGACAGAAGAUUUGGCAGAGCAGCAAAAAAUGUCUCAUUUCUAUAUACACCCACUCAGAAUCUUGUUGUCCUACUCGCGACAACAUCAGUUCUUCAAAUACCCCGCAAAUCCACUGAUGAAGCAAAUGAUCAGUCUCCAAUCUCUGGUGCUACAGCAGAGAGAGAGCAACUAUUACAAGGCGAUCUGAGGCAAAUUAGCUUUUAUUCAUCUAAUUUGAGAACCAAACUGCCCAUUGGUUGGGUCAUGCUACCCAUGCCAAUUUACGAUGAAUCAUAG